GCUUUAAGUUAUCAACUACUGCCAUGGUAAUGAGUAAAGACCUUUAUGAUGUGAAGCCCAUCACUUGUGAAUCUGAUCUCACUGCUAACUAGUCAAAGCAACAAGGAAGGGACUGAGAGUUGGCUGUUAUUGACACCUCAUUGCCAGAAGGAAAAUUUCAGCUGCCUUGAAAAAGAUACUUGUCAACUUCUUCCUUGAGGGGUUUUCCUUUAAUCAAGCCAUCAUCUUUAGCUUUUGGAAGAAAUGAACCAUCUGGACUCUUGGCAGUCAGGAUUCAGAAUACAGAUUUACCUGGAGGAAACAAAAUGACAUUGUUCUUAUUAGCCCCACAAACUGGCAAAGCAAAUACAGGAAGUUGAUAACUUGUUGCGUUGUGGGAUAUGCUUUGAUUACUUCAACACUGCGAUGAUAAUUCCACAGUGUUCACAUAAUUUUUGUUCUCUCUGUAUUCGCAAGUCGCUGUCCUAUAAACCUCAGUGCCCUAUAUGCUGUAUGGUAGCCACAGGACCUGACUUGAAAAAUAACCGGAUAUUAGAUGAGCUGGUACAGAACUUUAUUUCUGCAAGACAGCGACUGUUCCAGGCAGUUUUGGAUUCUCCAUCAAUUUCUUCUCCAACUCUGUUACCUAAGAAAGCUCCUCUCCAAGGUCACAUUUUGAACUCUCCAGAUGGAUUGUUUUUAAAACGGAAAAAGCAAUGUGCAGAUACCUUUCCAGUCAAUGAAAAUAGACAUUUAAUAUCAGCUGACAAAGACAAAAUUAUUAAAAUAAAGCAAGAAGAAAACCCCUGUAGCUCAGAAGAAAGUUAUGAGGCAGGUGGUAAAGAAGUAGCAAAUACAGCUCCCACUGGAAGCAUCAGAAACUCUGAAAUGCCUUCCACGUCUGCAACAAAAUUUGUCACAAAAGUGGAGUGUCCUGUCUGUGGGGUUCCUGUUCAAGAACUACAUAUAAAUAACCACCUUGAUAGUUGCCUGACAAGAGAUGAGAAGAAAGACAGUCUCCGAAGUUCUGGACAAAAAAGAAAAUUACUGCCGAAACUGGUUUACAGUUUACUUUCUGACCGUGACCUGAGGAAAAGACUGAAAGAACAUGGAUUGUCUACCCAGGGAACAAAACAACAGCUUAUUAAAAGACACCAAGAAUUUGUGCACAUGUAUAAUUCAGAGUGUGAUUCUCUAAAUCCUAAAUCAGUUGCGGAAAUAGUAAAAGAGCUGGAAAAUAUUGAAAAGACUCAAGCACAACUUGAUGCCAGUAAACCCAAAGAAGAUAGUAUGGUAUUUUCAAAGCACCAGACAGAGAAUGAAAUAGAUGACAUUCAUAGAGAUUAUCGAAAGAAACACAAAGCUGAAUUUCAGCUUUUAAUUGACCAAAUGAAAAAACGAAAGAAAAAUGCAAGCAAAGAACAGAUAAAGGAAGAAAAACCAGAGCACAAAGAAGAAAGACCAGAGCAGAAAGAAGCAACUACUGACAGUGGAGAAAAAUUAAGGGUUCAAGAACAAAGUGAGCAGGCCUCUGUCAGCAAUCAGUCCCCCGAAACAGAAGCUGCAGCCUGGGAAGAAAACCUCUCUCUUUUUGCUGCCUGUCAGUCCUCUGCAUCUUCAAACAGCUCCAGUUCGGACAUCAUAAGAGAUUUAGAAAUUGCUGGGAUGUGUUCAAACUCAUCAGAUAAAAAAAGAAGUGUGAAAACGACCAAACAAAAAUCACAACAUUCUAGGAGCAGCUCACCAAUAUCCAAGAGUAAGCGAAGAAGAAAGUAGCAGACAUGCUAUUUUUGUUACAAAAAUUUCCAAAAUGGCUUUACUUCUAAAAAUUUAGAAGCAUAUCUAUUCUCAAGUUCCAUUCCCAGCCAUGAACAUUGCUUUACAAUAAAUCUACUUUUCCUGUUAAUAGCUGUACAUUUAAGUGGCAAGAAAGUACUGUAAUACAUUCAGAAUGUAAUGUAAGUACUGUAUUACAUUCAGAAGCUUUUAGAAUAUAUGCUGUUUUACUAAACCAACCUUGCCUUAACUGUAUGUACAGUGGACUGCAAUUACGAUCAUCUUCAGUGAUGCUUCUAGGACACCAUUUAAUUCAAAUUAGUUAGAAAAAAGUUGAUUCAGGUAAUUUUCAUUCUUUUCCUGUACCUCUCUUUUUAGCACUUAUGAAUAUGUUUGAAUCAUUAUUCUGGAUAUAUUUUAUAGCCUGAGUUGGACCAUGGUUUAUUCUUUCAUACAGUAAAAAAACCAAACAGAAAUAUUGUAUGUAUGUAUGUAAAAAAAAUGAAAACUUGGUAUUUGC